AUGGCCAGGAAGGGCUCUGUCCUUCAGAGGAGCCAAGGCCAGGGUGCUUCAGGGUUCACCUGGGAGCAGGAUGCAGAGGACCGCUUCCCUCCAAAUGUCAAGGACCAGUUUCUCCCAAAGCCUUUGUUGGGCGCCCCUGGCCUAUGGGCUAAGGCGCCUGCGCAGGGUGGGGCGGGGCGGGGCCUGCUUGAAAGGCGGGGCUUCCGCGUGGAGCAGAUAAAAGCUGGAGCCUCUGCCUCCCCACCCACAGGCUCCCUUGUCUCCCAGGUGGAGUCCCUGCAGGGCGUCGUGCUGCACGCAGAGGCUCCCAGUCCCCGACUUCGAGGUAGAGCAGCCUGGAAAAUGGACUCUUCAGGAAACAACCAGACUUGUGAGGGCAGGAACAUCGGACCUUUCUUUCCUGUGCCCCCCGUGACCCAGCAGCCUCUCCUGGGUCCCUGGUACCAGAAUGCCACCUAUAAUCCACUCUCCAUUCCAGGGGCAGGUUUCACAAAUGGAAGUCUGUAUUUUCCAUAUCCCAUGGUGUUCAUUGAGUAUCCUGGCUUCCUCGUCCCUCAGUCCCCAUUGCCCACUGCUCUUAACCAAAGACCCAUAGUCCCUCUGUUUUAUAGCAUGGCACCACAAUACGGUGGCCACUGCGAAAGAAUGAAAACAAAAGACACACAAACAGAAACUGAACCUCAACAGGAUGAAAACUUGAAUGAAAAUGAAGACAUGCCCUCAGAAGGGGACAGCCGUGACAUAGGAAGGGUGGCCAGUAACCCUACGGAUACAUUCUCCCCUGAGAAUGUAGAUGAAAAGAAAGAGGUAGAGAGCAGUAGCUACCCUGAGGGGCAUGUUCCCUCCCCUACCAGGUUGGCCCAGGUCGACAAAGUAGAUGGGACCACUCAGGGUGACACGAAGCAGUGCUGUGCUGCACAAUCUGGCCAAUCCCCUGAGUCUGCAUCAGAAAGCAGUAUAAAGGGACCAGUGUGCCCGUGGUGGAAAUACGAGGACCUCUAUGUGUAUGAUUGUGAUGAUUAUGAAAGCCUCUAUGAGGGGGGUUCUACCUCCCCAACAAUGUCCCCACAUUCCCCGCUGCUAAACAAAGAAGCUGAGAGUGUACAGCUCAAACAAUACUCUCAGGAAAUGCCCUCUGGAGGUGACCUUCAUAGCCUCCCCAAGGGUUCUCGUUAUUCCUUCCCGCCGCCCAUGCUGUAUAAAGUCAAUGAGGGCAUCCAGUGUGAUGCAGAGCAGAAGGAGAGUGGGAACCAGGAUGAAGAUGAGUAUGAAGAGGAGGUAGAGAAUAACUAUGAGGACCACGGUUUCUCCCCUCCCUGGUCGGCCCAGCUCAGCACAGUUGAUGAGGGCAUCCAGUGCGACAUGGAUAAGGAUGCAGAGCAGAAGGAGAGUGGGAACCAGGAUGAAGAUGAGGAAGAGAUUAACUCUGAGGAGCACAGUGUCUCCCCUACCUGGGAGGGCCAAUUCAGUGAAGUGGAUGAGGGCAUCCAGUAUGGUGUGAGUUGGUUUGAGUCACAGCUAGAGACGUAUCCCCACCAGAUGCCCUCCAAAGGGAAGGAGACAUUGCCAGACUGCCAAACCAAGAGAUCAUGGAGAAAACCAGUCGUGAAUAGGAAAUUAGGUCCAGAUGAAGAGCGCAUGAAAGAUGAGACUGGGGAGGCGUCUAAAGAGAACUUCAAAAGGAGUGAAAAGAUUAAAAAGACAGUGAGAGGCAGGAAGCUGAAAGACCAGGGCAGCUUCUCAGAUGUUAAGACAGUCUGUUUGUUGAAGAAAAGUGCUGCCUUGAACAUGGUGAUUCCUGAGGAUUCAGGAGACUCUGAGUUGGAAGAGGAAGAUGAUGAAAUGGAUGAGGUCGAAUGCCUCCUUGAAGAAGUGAGUCUGCAGAGCCCUCUGACAGCUUCCAAAGGAAGGUCUUAUCAGAAGGCUGGGAGGAUGCUCAGGGUGCCCCCUGAGAGCGCUCUCCCUCCCCAGCUUAUUGCCUGGCCCACGAGAAAUAAGUACAAGCUGCUGCAAGUUCGUGGUGGAUAUGAGCGCAUCCCUGAGGUGUAUCAGUCGGAACCACGGGAUGGCUGUGAGAGCAGCGGUGACAGGCUCCGAAGCAAACACACCAUGGCCAGGCUGAAAGGCCUGGAGUCCAGGAGAGCCUCCCACAAAUGAUUGGAAUGUAAGUGACCAUUUGGUUGUCUGUGACCAUUCUCUACUGGGUCCUGGAUGCAAAGUCAUAAAUCACUAUUUCUCUGUUUUGAAAGUAUAUUUUCACUUAAGUUGUAGGUGCCCACAUUCAUGGGAUUUGCGAAGAGAACCCCGCUCUAGACUUCUUUUGUUCUAUGAAAUUGCAGUGUAAUCUGAAAGAGCGCUCUAGCAGAAGAUGAGCUGGAUGAGCUGGGUGGUGGCACUAAGGGGAGUUGGACUGGGACAGUCAGGAGGAGGUAGAUCUAGCUCGAUUGCUAGGAAUGGCCGGUCCGUGUGAGGGCACAGAAUUUUAACAGAUUUGGGAAUCUGUGGUUUGAAGAAACAGGAAGUUUGGAGUGGGAGUGGAGACAGUAGCACGAGCUCAAGUGGACGGCCGGGGCAGGGUUCAGGUUGAGACCAUCCUGCCAAAGGGAGACUUGUGAGGAACUGAGAAAGGCUAAGAAAGGGGUGAAGUCGGGUAGUGUUUCUCUUCACUUACAGAUUUGUAUCCCGUAGGCGAUAAGGGGCUAAUCCAGGCUAAGCAGAGAAAUGAGACAAAUAUGCUGUAGAAAUCUUGAACCUAUAGAAUUUUAUAACAGGAAUUAGAGUGGAGAGUGACUAGAUGGCGAAAAUUCUGUAUAAAUUCAGUUUUAUUCAAUAAAAAGUACUGUAAUUCAA